AUGGUCUUAUUUCAGAAAAGUGAAGGCUCGACUAAAAGAAAGUCGAGAAAACCGCUAAACACUUCAUUUAGGCAGCAGCGGCUUCGAGCAUGGCAAAUUAAUCUUUCUCCACAAAGUGUUCUUCCUCUGUUGAUUUGCAUUGCAUGUAUAUUUGCACCUAUAGGUGUUGGUUUGAUAGUCACUGUGAUAGGUGUACAAAAUAUGGAAAUAAGGUACGACCAAUGCUUAAAUUUAGCUUCAACGACAUCAUAUCAGGACAUCCCUUCUGAUGCACUGACCUUCCAUUUCAAGAAAGCUAUGGAUACAACCCCAAAAUGGAUUCUAACACAAUCCAGUAAUAAUGACGAAACGAUUAAUAUAUGUAGGUUACAGUUCCAGAUACCCAAUGAUAUCGAUUCAUCAAUAAAUAUAUAUUACAAAUUGACAAAUUUUUAUCAGAAUCAUAGGGAAUAUGUGGAAUCUUAUGAUAUAGACCAAUUGAAAGGCAAAGCAGUAUCAAAAAACAGCUUAGAUAGUAAUUGUGAUCCAUUGAAAGUGGAUAAUGCUACAGGAAAGCUGAUAUAUCCCUGCGGAUUAAUUGCGAAUUCAAUGUUCAAUGACACAUUCAGUACCAAAUUAACAGGAAAGAGUGGUACUUCAGACUAUAUUCUGACUUCGAAUGGAACAUCCUGGUCAACUGACCGUCAUAGGUAUAGUCCUACAAAGUAUAGUUCUUCAGAUAUAGUGCCGCCACCAAACUGGGCUAAGUUAUUCCCUAAUGGGUAUAAUGAUACGAACAUACCAAAUUUGAAGACCUGGGAUGAAUUUCAAAUUUGGAUGAGAGCAGCUGCACUUCCUAAGUUUUAUAAAUUAGCAUUGAAAAAUGAUACUACACAUCUGCCCAAUGGAAAUUACGAAUUUGACAUAACACUAAAUUAUCCCGUUGAUAGUUUUAAUGGUACAAAAUCAAUCAUGUUAACUACAAACACUAUAAUUGGAGCAAAGAACAUGAUUUUAGGCAUAGUAUUUCUUAUAAUAGCAGGUAUUUGCACUUUGUCUUCUAUACUGUUCCUUAUCAAUGUAAUAAUAAAGCCCAGAGAAGCCGCUAGCCACUCGUAUUUGAAUUACGAACCACUCUAUUAUCAAGAUGAACCCUUUGCUCAAAAUCCAACGAGGGAACUAUUGUAG